GACUCUCCAUUCUUUGAACACAAACCAAUUCCAAUCCAUUUUUCCUAUCUCAGUUCCUCCUAGUCUUGGAAGUCUUUUUCUGUUUCCUUAACUUUCUUUCCUCAUCUCAUACCUCCAUUCUAGCUAGCUGCAUAGAUCUUAACAAAUUCUUAGAAGCUCUCUCACCUUUAUCUCCUUUAGCUUGUUCGCAACGUUGGAAAGCUGAGUCGUAACAAUCUUCUUACAUGACAAGUUCUCAUAAGAUAUAUUGAUUUUGCUUCCGUUUCUUUUGCUUAAUUAGAGGAUUUCAUCUUAGUAUUCUUUUAGUUCACAAAUUAAUUAAGUUGAGUUGUCUAUAGUUAACCCUCCAUCCUUAUCGAUCAUGUCACUAAGGAUGGAUAGUUCAGAAGGUAACGGAACUUCAGUCCAAACUAGUCCUGAUAGGAAGCAUAAACUUCCUAACUUUCUCCAAUCCGUAAAGCUCAAGUAUGUGAAGCUGGGAUACCACUAUCUAAUCUCCAAUGCCAUGUACCUUCUCCUAAUCCCCAUCUUGGCCGUCGUCUUGACGCACCUCUCCAGCCUCACCGUCGGUGACCUGCACCUGCUCUGGAAUCACCUGCGCUUCAACCUGGUCGCCACUCUCCUCGGCCUAACCCUUACUGCCUCUCUCGCCACCCUCUACUUCAUGACACGGCCUCGUCCGGUCUACCUCGUCGACUUCUCAUGCUACAAGCCCGACGACGCUCGCAAGUGCACCCGCGAGCUCUUCAUGGAGCGGUCGGCGCAAGCGGGGGUCUUCACCGAGGAGAACCUCGCAUUUCAGAAGAAAAUUCUGGAGCGAUCAGGUCUUGGACAGUCCACAUACUUCCCGGAUGCAGUAUUGAACGUGCCGCCGAACCCAUGCAUGGCAGAGGCGAGGAAGGAGGCAGAGAUGGUGAUGUUCGGGGCCAUCGACGAGCUGCUGGAGAAGACGAAGGUGAAGGCGAAGGACAUCGGGAUCCUGGUGGUGAACUGCAGCCUCUUCAAUCCAACGCCGUCGCUCUCGGCCAUGGUGGUGAACCACUACAAGCUCAGAGGGAAUAUCAUCAGCUACAACCUCGGUGGCAUGGGCUGCAGUGCAGGACUUAUUUCCAUAGACCUUGCCAAGCAACUCCUCCAGGUGCAACGCAACUCCUAUGCCUUGGUUGUCAGCAUGGAGAACAUCACGCUGAACUGGUACCUUGGCAACAACCGCUCCAUGCUACUCUCCAACUGCCUCUUCCGCAUGGGCGGCGCUGCCAUCCUCCUCACCAACCGCCGCUCCGACCGCCACCGCUCCAAGUACCAACUCAUCCACACUGUCCGCACUCAUAAGGGUGCGGAUGACCGCGCUUACAACUGUGUCUUCCAAGAGGAAGACAGCAGCGGCACAACCGGCGUCGCCCUCUCGAAAGACCUCAUGGCAGUGGCAGGCGAAGCUCUGAAGACCAACAUCACCACCCUCGGGCCAUUAGUCCUUCCGAUGUCGGAGCAACUCCUUUUCCUCUUCACACUGGUCGGGAAAAAGAUCUUCAAGAUGAAGCUCAAGCCUUACAUUCCAGACUUCAAGCUGGCAUUCGAGCAUUUCUGCAUUCAUGCCGGCGGGAGAGCAGUGUUGGAAGAGUUGGAAAAGAACUUGCAGCUGAGUGAGUGGCAUAUGGAGCCUUCAAGGAUGACAUUGUAUCGGUUCGGAAACACGUCGAGCAGUUCGUUGUGGUACGAGCUCGCCUACACUGAAGCUAAAGGAAGAAUCAAGAAGGGCAAUCGGACAUGGCAGAUUGCAUUCGGUUCAGGGUUCAAGUGUAACAGCGCAGUGUGGCGAGCACUGAAAACCAUUAAUCCUGCCAAGGAAAAGAAUCCUUGGAUGGAAGAGAUACAUCAUUUCCCAGUUCCAGUGCCCAAGGUUGAAACCAUAAAAACAUGAAAAAUUGUAUACCUCGUAAUUAUCUUGUGAUCAGUCAAUGUUUGGUGUGAUUUAUACAUGGAAUGUUCCUAUGUUUUUAAUUAUCUGACAAAUGAUUAGUUUGAUUCAUUUGGGCAAAA